UCCAUUAGACUUUUUGCUUCACAUUCACAACAACAACAACAACUCUCUGUAAUCUGGAAUUGUAGAGAGAGAAACAAUACAAUUUAGAGAGAGAGAGAUAUGGGUGAAGUAGUGAUGAUUAGUGACGAAGGUGUGAAUUUGGAAGUGAUGGAAACAGAGAUGAUUGAGAAGAAGAAGGAAGAUGGUUCGGCGACUGUGGUGAGGUGGGAGAGGUUUCUUCCGAAGAUGGUUCUGAGAGUUUUGUUGGUUGAAUCGGACGAUUCGACUCGCCAGAUUGUCGCUGCACUUCUCAGGAAAUGUAGUUACAAAGUUACUGCUGUUUCUGAUGGCUUAAAGGCAUGGGAGGCACUGAAAGGAAAACCCAAUAGCAUAGACCUUAUACUGACUGAAGUUGAUUUGCCAUCAAUCUCUGGAUUCGCUCUUCUUACCUUGAUAAUGGAGCACGAUAUCUGCAAAAACAUUCCCAUUAUAAUGAUGUCUUGGCAUGAUUCAGUCAGCACGGUUUAUAAAUGCAUGUUGAGAGGUGCUGCAGACUUUCUUGUCAAGCCUGUGCGAAAAAAUGAGCUGAGGAACCUGUGGCAACAUGUUUGGAGGAGACAAGCUUCAGCUUGUGGUGGACAUGGCCCCCAAGAUGACAGUGUUGCACAAGAAAAAGUUGAAGCCACAGCUGAAAACAAUGCUACCAGUAAUCAUUCAAGUGGUUAUAUGGCCUGUGUUCAGAGAAAUAGGGAAUGCAUUGAGAAAGGUAGUGACGCUCAGAGCUCUUGUACAAAGCCAGAUUCAGAAGCAGAGAGAGUAUACACACAAAAUGUGCAGGACCUCUCACUACCCAAGUGGAGUAAAUCUCCAGUGAGUGACAUGGAAAUACAGAAUCAUGAAGAAUGUGUCAAAUCGAGUAGGAAAUUGCCGAUGCAGGAUUGUGAAGAUAGAGGAUUGGUGGUGGAUACCUACAAGGAUGCAAAUGCAAUGACUCAGGGAGAGUAUAUAGAAUUGGAAACCGAAAGUGAAAGGGAGCAUGCUAAUAUUAUCAGUGAAGUUUGUGAUAACAACCGUGCACUAGUCAGCUCUGCUAGAGAAGCCAUUGAUUUAAUUGGAUCAUUUGAUAACUACCCAAAAUGCAGUUACAGAAACUCGGGUUCAAAUAAUGGUACAAACAUGGUUGAUUCUUCACUGCUAUUGGAUCUUUCCUUGAGAUCUCACCCAAGUGGGUCUGUAAAUCAAGUUAGUGAUGAAAGGAAUACAUUAAACCACUCUGAUGCAUCAGCCUUCUCUCGGUACAUUAACAGGGCAUUGCAACCACUGCAUUCAUCGGCAAGCAUAUGUAAUCAACAGAAAGAUCUUGGGAAUAAUUCUGACAGACAAUUAUCCAAUCAAACCCUUAACUAUAACUCCGAGAAAAAUAUGCUGUCUCUGGCCACUGGUCAAUCUGGACAAGCUGAAGUUGAUUUUCCUUGCCAUCAACAGACACCGUUUCCCAUUCCAGUGAAGGGUAUGAGAUUUGACAGUCUAUGCACUGCCUAUGGUUCUGUAGUGCCGCCAAUAUUUUGUACACAAUCAAGCCUAUCACCGGUGCAGAGUCCAGGUUCAGCUCGCCAUCUUGAGCCAUCCGUUCAAGUGAGUGCAUUUCAUUCAUCCAAUCUUGAAACCAAAAACUCUCAGCAGUUUCAUGGCUUGGUUGAUCAAAAUGGCAACAAUUUCGCAAACCAAACUGAGCACAAGCAGAUGCAGAAGUUGGAAUCCUCAGAGGAUCAACGAUAUUUUUCGUCUGCCACUGAUCAGAGUGCAAGUAACAGUUUCUGCAAUGGCAAUGUUGAUCAAGUUCCAGUCAUCAGGGCUGCUGCGGAGAGUGGGAAUGAAGAUGGUUUCCCUAUUCAUGAUAUAAACUGCCAUCGAUCUGUCUUGAGAGAAGCAGCUCUAAACAAAUUCCGUUUGAAGCGGAAAGAAAGAUGCUAUGAGAAAAAGGUACGGUAUGAAAGCAGGAAAAAACUGGCAGAGCAGCGUCCUCGAGUGAAAGGGCAGUUCGUUCGCCAAGUGCAUGCUGAACUGGCACCUCUAGAAACUGACAAUCACUGUGACAAUUCAUUAGAUUGUUAGCUAGUCUCAACUUCAUUAAACAAGAGGAGCAUUUGGAAGCUACUGUAGUUGAAGAUGUUAGAUUGGUUCAGACAGAUCAUCUCAAAGAGGCGAUAAUGGUUCACAGAAAUCUGUAGGAUGCUAACAUCACUAGCUUGUUUGUCUGACAUAUAUACAUAAUAUUUUUUUUUUUUUUUUAUAAAUUUUUGUAGAAUGGUGUUGUAAUUUUUGAUAGGGCAUUCUCUAUAUUUACGAAGGGGCUGUAUGAGAUAAUCUUUCCUCUUCUGUUAAUAUAAAUGUGCAUUCUAUCCUUGUUUCAUACAUCAAUUAGUACACAAACUCAAGUGUAACUCUUGGAUUCUUUCAUUAAUAACUAGAGCUGGGUUUAACCAA